AUGUGGCCUACUCCUCCUCCAUCACAGAUACCCUCUUUUACAGUAGGUUCAUUGCAACUCCGGCUACCCCCUGAACCUUGCGAAAUCCUUCCCUUCUCUUCCAAUACACGCACAGUCCUCUCCGCUCGUAAAGUUGAGCCUGACGAUCUCCCCCCUGAAGCAACGCUCCAAGACCUUUCAAGAUAUAUCAGCAAGGAUGGAGACUACCCUGUUGCUCGUGGUGGGUUCGGGGAGAUCUGGAAAUGCACCUUUCAGAUUGAUCGUAGCUCGGUCAAAGUUGCAGUGAAAGCAUUGCAGGUGUACGCUGCUGAUCAGCUUGGUGCAGCGAAGACGAAAAAGAUCAAGAGGAUAAAGCGUGAACUCAGAAUAUGCGCCAACCUCAAGCAUCCAAAUAUUCUAUCUGUCUAUGGUUACACGUAUGGCUUCGGCCCAUUCCUAGCGAUAGUCAGUCCUUGGGCGGAGAAUGGUAACCUGUCGGACUAUUUGGAGCUCAAGGGCGAGGCUCUUACUAUCGUUAGACGAUUCCAGCUACUCAGAGAUAUCAUAGCUGGUCUGCAAUAUCUCCACGCCAGCAGUGUCAUCCAUGGUGACUUCACUGGGGCGUCCUGGACGUCCACGCUCAAAGGAAACAUGCGAUGGAUGGCUCCUGAGCUACUUGUACCAGAGCGGGAAGACGGAUCUCCGACUCGUCCGAGCGAGCAAAGCGACAUAUUUUCGUUCGGCGGUAUCAUGUUGCAGGUCCUCACGAACAAAAUCCCUUAUUAUUACCUCCCGAACGACGCUGCUAUCGUCCUGUGCAUAGCUAGGUCGGAAAAGCCCUCCCGAGCUCGUUAUCAUGAGCUCCCUGAGCAAUACUGGACGUUUAUUGAGCAAUGUUGGUCUACUGAUCCUCGGGACCGUCCAUCGACGGAGGGAGCUGACGGAACGAUCAGGAAUGAAUAUUACUCCCUGUCCAGAUCUCGUUGA